AUGUUUAUCACCCGAAUUUCCCUAUCGUUUGGAAUUCUUGACAAAUGUGAAGUGAUGUUCUUGACCACUGAGCCACAAACAUAUUUUUCUCCCCUUAUGUAUAAAUGGGCUCGCAUUGUUGAAGAUAAUGGAUUGGGUAAUUUUUCUAUUCCAAAUGAUAUGCCAUGUAACCAACCCAGGGUGCAGGUGAGACAAAGGAGUGAUGAAGCCGAAGAAGAUGAGCCUCCAGUAAUCCUUGUUGAGGACGAGCUCCAGAUGGAUACCUACAAUGUAGCAUGGAGUAGGUUUCAAGAUAAUUUGGCACAGAAUUCCAAUUAUACCAAUAUGAGUUUGGAUUACAUGAUGCAAUAA